AUGAUUGGCAAACGUAAGAGGGAUACCUCUGUUGUAUCCAGGUCGAAGGCAGGGGAUAAUGAGCGAAAGUCUUCUGCGACGACAAAUCCCGACGCACAUGAUAUCUUCCGCAAGUUUUUUGAAGCCGAGUUCCAACCACUGGAUCUUCCGGCACCCAAGUCGGCUCGGGUUGAUGAAUCCGAUUCAGAGGAGAAUGAGGAUAAUUACGACUCUCAGGGAUCAGGAUCAGAGUCAGAGUCAGAGUUGGAGUUGGAGUGGGAUGGUCUUACGGACGAGGAGGACGAAGAUGAAGAGGAAGAGGAAGUGGACGAGGACGAGGACGAGGACGACGAGGUUGAGGUUGAGGUUGUCGAGUAUCUAGCACCAUCCAAGGCUGGGAACUUGAUGGACAAGAAAGCUCGCAAAGCUUUUAUGACCGCGAAGCCGCCUUCCCUCUCUACAGAAGCGAAAACAACUACGAAUCGCUCGACAAAGACGAAAACGAAAGCCGAAGACGAGGAAGAAAAAACCUCCGAAGCGCAGAAUUUAAAGAACGAUCUCGCGCUCCAGCGGCUUCUCAAAGAAUCACACCUUCUCGAGUCAGCGUCGGAACUCGCGCCGACAGGCAAGAAUCGACACAAGGCCCUUGAUCUGCGCAUGCAGGAGCUUGGAGCAAAGAAAUCACUUUACCACCAGAAGAUGCCUUCCUCAAUACGAAAGGGGAUCAAGGCUAAGGCCGCCACCAAGGAGGAGAAGCGUCGGAGGGAGGCGCGUGAGAACGGUAUUAUUCUUGAGAAGCCCGCUCCCAAAUUUAAGGGCAGCAGUGGUCGACGGGAACGUGGUGUUGGAGGACCUUCGAUUGGAAAAUUCGCAGGCGGGACUCUAAACCUUACCAAGCGCGAUAUUGCUGUCGUUCAGAAGUCACGAAAAGGAGGCAAAGUGAGACGGAAGGGACGUCGCUAA